AUGGCUGCUCCAAGAUGGCGGACAAGAUUUGGUCAGAUUCCCUUCAAAAUUGGUCAUCAAUGGAUAUGGACGAAUCUGGGCAUAAAACCAUCAUCUGGUUGGUCGGUAGAUCCAUUCGGGCACGGUAGUACUGUACCUUAUCUUCUAUCAGCUUCGGGUAUCAAAGGAACUGUAAUACAAAGGAUACACUACGCUUGGAAACAAUGGCUCGCUCUCAAACAAUAUGGAGAUUUCCGUUGGAUACCCAGUUGGAGUACCGCCGACUCUUAUGGGUCUUUACUCACCCACAAUCAGCCCUUCGACAUCUAUUCCAUCAAACACAGUUGCGGGCCACAUCCGUACAUUUGUUUGAACUUCGAUUUCCGCAAAGUUCAAGGAGAGUACACGGAAUACUCCCUCAAAGCGCAGGCCAUCACAGAGAAGAACGUGAAGGAAAAAGCGGAGCUGCUGCUGGAACAGUACGCCCGCACUGGAUCUCUUUUUCCACACAACGUGGUAUUGAUGCCGCUGGGAGAUGAUUUCCGGUAUAACGUGAAGGAAGAAUGGGACCAACAGUAUACAAACUAUAUCAAACUCAUAGAAUACAUCAAUGCUCAUAGAGACCAGUAUAAAACCGAAAUAAGUUUCGGAACACCUUCGAUGUACUUCCAAGAGAUAAUGAAUCGUUAUAAUCAGUUUCCUACACUGAAGGGCGACUUUUUCGUUUAUUCGGACAUAUUUUCCGAAGGCCGCCCUGCCUAUUGGUCUGGAUACUACACCACUAGGCCUUUCAUGAAAAUUUUGGACCGGGAACUGGAGGAUAGUUUGCGUGGAGCAGAGAUACUGUAUACCAUUGCUGUGAAUAAUGCUAAGCAGAACAAGUUCUCGUCUUACUCGAAGAUAUUAGAGAGGGAUUUCGAGAAGCUCAUAAAUGCUAGGAGGAAUCUAGGUAAUAUACAUUUUUUCAAAAGAGAGAGCACUAAAGUCAGAGAGAAACAAAGAACAAUGUCAGACGAACCCUUCAACAACGAUAGGUCUAAAAAAACACCUGUUCUGGAGGAAAAAAGUUAUGUUCGCAUAUUUAGAUUAUUGAAAAAUGUUUUACAAAAAGAUAAUGAGGCUGAAUGGAGGCCGCCAUUAUUGCGGAACCCCUCUGUUAGUGAACUUUGA